CAUGUAUCCUUGACUUCUCACAUUAGAGGCAUCUUCUGUGAUAGAUCUGGAUUUGAAGUGACGGAAUACCUAGGCUGUGGCUGUUUCACGAAUCCACAAUCCCCGGAACCUUUGAACUAUAACUAUUGGGCAAAUUGUGCUGAAUCUUACUGGUGCUCCGAUAACAAACGAGGAAUCACUACGCCUCUCUUCAGCUCCUUACGAUAUCGCGCACUCCCCGGGUUCCACCUCCCCAGCAACUCGAGCCAUUUCGCAAGAGUUCGACCAUCAUGACGACGGCAGUUUUCUCAUGGGAGACGUACAGAUGCUGAUUCAAGACGGAUAUCAAUCGGACGGAUCGUCGACACGCCACUCCAGUGAGAAUCUCGGCGCAUACCUUGAUGAGGACCAGGCUUGUAUGAGCUCAGGAGAAUCCAGUCGCUCUUCGAUAUCGUCGAUACCUCCAUCGGUGUACACAAACAUGGCAGAGGGGAUGAAAGCACCUGGGCACAGACAUUCUCAUCCGUGGGACAGUCACGAUGGCAUUCAUGCGCAUGGAAGGAUAGAUGCGACCUUACGGCCGCUCUCUGCGACCCGGCUGAGGGAAGCUGCGUUCAGGAAGCCAAGCUCGGUCAAGGCAAUGCAAAUGCAUACCGAGGAUGAGCGGGACGAUGAUGCCUUCUUGACCCCGCCCAAGCGUCGGGCGGCCCACCAGCGCUACUCGAACGCCUCGAUGCGCUCGGUGGUGGGCUCGUCGCCAUUGCGGAAAUCUCAGUUCUACUCACCUACAGGGUCGGCGGCCAGCAAGCAGAAAGCCAAGGACGAGUACCCGCUUGUCCUGUUGCACUGUAACUUGCUACCACCAUCGCUUCCAGUCCCAGGCGCAGCGGCCUUUCACAACCAGAAGAUCGUCAGAGAGGUGCUUCCCCCGGUCUUCUGGCGUCGAUGGAAGCUGUUAGAGGAGAAGGUGGGCUCCGGUGUGCUCCGUGAGCGUGGCGUACUGAUCUCGCAUCCGGAAGAUCUGUAUGACUUGCUUGAGGAGCGGCUGUUGGAGAGCCUGGAGCUGCAGCGUCCGCGCCUCGACCAUGGUCACUUUAUCGGACAUGACGAGGCUGAGUCAGAAAAGAAAGACCAUUUGGAGAAGGAGGACAGCGCGACAGACGAAGAGGAAGGGGAGGCAUGCCCUGACUGUGGCGGUCAUGUGGUCCGGCAUGGCAAUGCCGGGCGGAAAUGGGAGAUCAAGGUGUUUGCAGCCAAUGGACUGAUGCGAGCUGGGGCUUGGGCUGCUGCUUGGAAGGAGAUGGAGAAGGUGGACGUUGAGGUCGGCUUGUGGCUGCCAUCAGAGAUCCGCAGGGAGCUGGAAAAGAGGCUCAUGGGGGAUGAUUAUUAUUCCUGCCAACUGGAUCCCCAACUGCAGGUGCCGCAGCUGCAGGUGCCCGGCAACGAUCCGGUCAUUCCCACACACCCGCAGGCCCGGCAUGCGCGGACCUCAAGUUCAAUCACAGCUGAUCAGAGGCCUUUCUCAUUCGACGGAACCGAAACACAGUCGCCUCCGGCUAUCAACAGUCCUGCAUCAGUCGAAAGCCGACCGCCGAAGCCGUCUUUUUCUCCGCAGUUGAAUGAUGAUAUCGACAUACAAACACUGUUGGUCAAUUACGUCCGCGUGUUGGCUAGCGACCGGCGCAAUGUGGCCAUUGCCAUUCUGAGCAUCCUGAUGGUAUUUUUCGCCAUCCAGUCGGGCUCCCAAGUGAAACCUUCGGCUCUCCGUCCAUUCCCUCAUGACUUCAUGGAGCAUGAACCUCUGCACCCGCCUGUCACUUCAGUCAGUCAAGCUGAUAGCACCAUUCGCAACGUUCCUAUUGCCUGCGUGAGUCAAGCCGCCGAGAGCGCAAACAGCGAGAUCAUCGUUGAGACAGCGCCUCUGUCGGUGAGUAGCAUUCCAGAUCCAGCGAGCAUGAGCGUUCUCCCUCCCGCUAUAUCUGAGACUGUCGCUGAGCCGGUGCUCGUGUCUGCACGCGAUAUAUCAGAGCCAGUGGGCGAGAGCGUUCAAUCCACUCUUUCAUUAGAGACCGUUGCUAAAAUAACUCCCACGCGUGUGGGUGACAUCUCAGAAUCUGUGAGCAUGAGCUCUCAAGCUGUUGCCUUGUCUGAAGCAAUCAUCUCGGCUGCAAUGUCCGAACCUGACAGAUCACAUCAUGAGUCGGAUGCAAGCUCGCGGGCGAAAAGUCUUCUCACUCACUCCCAGGCUCAACAGCGAUUGCCCGAGUCUCUCUACCCAGUUGUGGAGCCAUCGACAAGACGGAUUGCCUUGGUCAAAGAGAUGACACCAGCCCCGGAUAGUCUGAGCCCGAUCACGGAGCAAUUGAUGGCAAACAAAUGAUAUGAUGAUGAUUACGAUGAUGGUAAAUGUAGAAAUGCGAUCCAUGACCGAGAUGAGAUUGAUUGAUGUAUGGAUUUGUGCGGUAAGGCACUCUGGCUCAUCAUUCCUAUGGUUGUUGCAAGCUUUUCCUGUUUUCCACUUGCUUCUUUUCGACUCUUCCAAGAUUUUUUUCUAAGCCCAUGUAGUUACUGUAUCUAGUGUUUGCCGUUUUGCUUGGCCAAGUCAAAUAGUGAACUAGCCUACUCUUUAAGUGUGAUCAAUCCAAUUAUC